AACUUCCAACCACGUCCAAGCAACGAACUCUAGUCAAAACUAACCGAGAAGCCUUCCAUCCGAUUUUUCUGUGCGCCGAUCGACCCAAUUCAUCACCCAGUAAACGAUCAGCAUGAAUUUCGCAACCAUAUUCGAUCGAGUUCGAGUAUAUCCUCUUCGGUUAGCUUCUUAUAUCCGUCACAUCCAUUUCUUGAAUCCAUCUACAACGAACGAUCUACUAGCUUAAUUAGUAGAUCAUCAUUGAUCAAACACUACCAGCAGCCAUGGAUAGGUUGAUCGCUGCCGGUUUUCUUCUACUGCUACUCUGGUGCCAAGCGGCCGCCGGCGUGGGCGGCGCCGUCGUCAGGCGACCGCGGCCGCCGUCGCUGGCGAGGCGCUACCACCACACCUCGUCAUCGCCGCCGCCGCCCGGCGGCGACGCGGGCGCGUCCGUGCCGGCGGUGGUCCAGUACGAGACGCGGCACUACACGCAGCGCCUGGACCACUUCAACUCGGCCCCAGCGAGCUACGCCACGUUCCAGCAGCGCUACCUCGUGAACGACACCUUCUGGCGCGGCCGGACGGCGCCCAUCUUCCUGUACGCCGGCAACGAGGGCGACGUGGAGCUCUUCGCCAACAACACCGGCCUCAUGUGGGAGGCGGCGCCGCGGUUCGGCGCCAUGCUCGUCUUCGUCGAGCACCGCUACUACGGCCGGUCGAUGCCGUUCGGGGGCAGCCGGGCGGCGGCGUUCCGGGACGCCGCCGCCAAGGGCUACCUCACCGUGACGCAGGCCCUCGCCGACUACGCGUCCUUCGUGCUCAGCCUCAAGGCGAACCUGAGCGCGCCGGCGGCGCCCGUGGUCGUGCUCGGCGGCUCCUACGGCGGCAUGCUCGCCGUGUGGAUGCGCCUCAAGUACACGCACAUCGUCAUGGGCGCCGUCGCCUCGUCGGCGCCCAUCCUCAGCUUCUACGGCCUCGCCGACCCCUACGCCUUCUACGACCGCAUGACCGACGACUUCAAGAGCGAGAGCAAGCACUGCUACGAGGUGCUCCGUGACUCGUGGGCGGAGCUCGACAGGUUGCUCGCCACCAAGGAAGGCAGGGCACGGAUGAAGAGUACAUUCAACAUGUGCAAUGGCAGCAGCGUGGAGGACAUCCCGUCGCUGCUGGAGAGCGCGGUGGUGUACGCGGCGAUGACGGACUACCCGACGGCUUCGGGGUUCCUGACGCCGCUGCCGGCGUACCCGGUGCGCGAGAUGUGCCGCGCCGUGGACCGCCACCCGGCGGGCUCCGGCGGCGGCGGCGAGACUCUGUCCCGCGUCCGGGCCGCCAUGGAAGUCUACUACAACCACACGGGCGGCGCGGCGUGCUUCCGCGGCGAGGAGGAGGACGACCCCUACGGCAUGCUCGAGGGGUGGGACUGGCAGGCGUGCACGGAGAUGGUGCUCAUGACCUACGGCCUCAGCAACGACAGCAUCCUGCAGCCGCCAUGGCCCUUCAACUUCACCGACGUCCUCGACAGCUGCCGCAACGCCACCGGCCUGCCGCCGCGCCCCUUCUGGCUCGAGACCGAGUUCGGCGGAUACGAUAUUGGGAAUGUGUUGAAGAGAUCCGCUAGCAACAUCCUCUUCUUCAACGGGCUGCGGGAUCCGUGGAGCACCGGCGGCAUGUUGAAGAGCAUCUCUGACAGCAUCAUCGCGCUGGUGGAGCCGAAAGGCGCGCACCACGUGGAUCUGAGGUUCUCCAACAAGGACGAUCCCGAGUGGCUGACGCGGGUGCGGGCCAAGGAGACGAGGAUCAUAGCGCGCUGGCUCAAGCAAUACUACAGCGACGAGGCCAUCUCGACUUGAAGGCCGCGCCGCCAUAGCUAUAGGAAGCAGAGAUCUCCGAUCCUGUGCUGUUUCUUUGGGUUGAUGAUCUCCUCGUUUUCCUCUUCGAUCAGUUCUUUCCCAGGCUAGCUAGUGGGUUUCGUGUCGUUGUUUCGCAGACUAGGCUUGCUGUUGUUAUUUGCUUUUAGACUCCGUAUCAGACUGAGAGCCAAAAAUCAGACUUUUGAUUAUUAGGAGCAACCCUUCGGAUGCGAAGGCAUCAACAAUGCCGUAAACUCCUAGUUCUAUUAAGUUCAUUUCUCUGAGAAAUCAUGAAGAUUGUUAUUAGUUCAUAGAUUAAAUUAUUUUAAUCAACCGUGUCUGAGCAUAUCUUUUAUU